UCUUCCAAUUUCCAAAACCAUUCGUAAACCCAUUCUGAGGGUCGCUUCCCUCGAUCCCACUCGUGGUGGUAAACCGUGAAAGUAGCUAGAGCAGCAAUGGCUAGCGGUACCCUCAACGGAGACAUCCUAAUGCUUGAGGCAGCACCGGAGGCCGCUCGGCCAUGGGCGAGCGCGUCGAAUGCGGAGAUAGUAGACGCAUUACCCUACAUAGACGAGGAUUAUGGGGAUUCAAAGGUUAAGGCGGAAGUCGAUCGAUUGAUCGAGGAAGAGAUGCGCAGGAGCACCAAGAAGCCCGCUGACUUCCUCAAGGAUUUGCCCCCCUUACCCAAGUUCAAUUUCGAGAAUCACCCUACGAUUGCCAAGGAAUAUGAGCGUGUGAGAGCUGGAAGGCCUCCGGUUGCACUUGAUUUUUCGUCAAGAUAUCUAAUCGAACCGCCACCAAUGAGUAAGAGAAAUGAUGAAAGUGCUUGGAAGCAGUCACUUCAGAGAGCUCAACGCUCACUACAACAUCAAGUCACUAGGCUGGAGAAUUUGGAUCUUAUGAUAAAAUAUGGUCCAGAUGUUUGGAGACAGAACAACCAACGAUUAGAAGCACUCUUAUCCAGAAUGCAAAAAUUAGCUCAGGAGCAGAAUGAAAAAAUUGAAACUGUAAACCGUGAAAGAAAAUAUCAUCAGCAAAACACUGCGUAUGAGCUGAAUACUUUGUCUGCACAAUGGAAGGAGCUUUGCCAAAAAAAUAUAGAAAUUCAAGCUGCUUGUGCUCAAAUUGAAGGCCAUCUAGACGAAUUAAGGAAGGAAGCUGCUGAGAGAGGCUGGAACUUGGAAGCUGAAUUAGAGAAUGGUGCUGUAUUGCAUUCAGGAUAGUAAGGCUGUUGAGGAGAAUCAGUUGAGUUGAACAUUAAUGGAAGCCAUGGAAUGAUCUGCAUUCAAACCUUUCGAUUCCAGACUUUAGUUUGCUGCUGCACCUUCAAUGGAUAAUCAUAUGUGAUUUUGUAGCAGCUUUGUGACUUGGGAAUCACAUCCCAAUUUGCCAUUGGAUGUCCCUAUCUGCUUGUUUAUUGUACGCUGUCUACCAUGUACUCUUACAUUCCUGAGAAAUCUAAGUAGUCUGGUGUGAUUACCACACAACCUCUCCCAUUUUGGUUUUCCUUUUAGUCUUUGCCGUUAUUUGUCAUCUGUUUUAGCUUGAAGUUUAGUGAAAGCUUAAUGAUGUCUUUGAGAUGUUUGCAAAUAAUCUUGAUUGCAGGUG